CACACCAUAGGAAUUUUUCAUCUGGACAGAUUAACAAUUUGUUUAUAGUCAAUUAAAAUGUGCUUGUGAAUUAACGAUAGAUAAAAUCAAAAAAUGAAGUUUUUAAACUUUUUAGUGUCCGUAUUAGCUUUAAUCUGCAAUGGAGUGCAGGGGAUAAAACUGCAGGCAAAUGUGGGGGAGCUGUUCACGUAUAAAAUCGAGCCGCAGCUCUUCAAUUGGACACACCAGGUCAUCAGCCAGCAAUUUCGCUACCGACCCUCCUUGAAGAGCUACCCCGAUUUGCCCAGUUGGAUGAGAUAUAUGUAUAGUCAUGAGUACCAUGCCGGCUUUCUAUACGGAACUCCACCGGAAACUGCGGCUGGAAAGGAGCUCAGCCUGGAUGUGGUGGCCCUGAAUCGCCAGAAUUACGAAACCCGACAUGUUGUGGUCUCCAUGUUUGUGGCCCACAAGUUCCCCACACCAAAUGUGGUGCAAAUGAAAAUCAACAACCUAAAUUGGGUACACCUAAUGGAUCCGGGUAGAGUGGAGAAUCUACGGAAUAUAUUCCGCAAUGAUUUGUGGCCAAAUAGUAAAGAGGAUUUGAGUGUGAUCUUCAUGGAGUCGGCUGUGAAUAUGGGGGGACGACUUCCUUUGAGACCCCAGCAACGCGAGGGGGUCAUUGUCCAUGUGGGAAGCUUUGCCCAGUUCUCUCCCCGACUGAAGGAGCUUCAGGAGGAAGUGCGUCCCUUAUAUAAAUUGCCAUCCUGCACCUACAAGCGCACUUCCGUCCAGAAAAUCUUCGAGAAUGUGGGCUUUAAGCUAGACUGGUGUGCCUUUCGAAUGGAAUCCCUGGAAUCUCCCACGGAAAUCCUCUUCCACAGCGGCAAGCAGCAGAAUGAACAGCAGGUGACCGAGGAUCAAAGGGAAGAGGAUCGAUGGAUGGGCAUCUCCCGAGAGGACGUUCCCGAGCGCAAUUACAUCGAUGAAUUCGCCUUUGCCUUCGCCAUUCCGGGCAUGAUUUUCGCCAUUUUAAUCGGGAUGCUAUCCGCUGUUUUGUGUUUCCAUCACGAGAAGUUUUCCGAUCCGCAUUCUGAGUUUUUCUUUGCCAACAUUUUCCACAUCUGCGAAGAGUCCUGUGCGCCAAGCGCGUCAAGCGAUUCUGGGGCGGAUGAUGGUUCAGAGAGCUCUUCAAACUCGGAUUAUCCCAUGUCAUCCACUGUACAGAUGGUUCAGUGUUCGGAUAGCAAGUCAAAUCAACCCAUUACCACUUUGAAGAGCCUCAAGGACCCGAAUUUCCUUCUGGACAAUACUAGCAUGCGAUCUCAAAGUCCCAACAACAGCUUUUACCAGCUGGACUGCGGAACCUCCAGCAUUUAUGCCCGACCAAAGCCCCCACCAUAUAAAGGACAAGCUGCCACUUUGGGUCGGAAUGGAGUGGAUAUUUGACAAACAUCUCCCCGAGUGCUCUACUGCUGAAUAAAAAAAGGAUGGCAUCGGAUCUGAACACAUAAAAUCUUAAUAAGCAAUAUCGAGGAGCGUUAUAUCAAUUGCAUAAAUACUCACACCUGCCGAACUAGACAAACCAUAUCGUAAUUAUCAAUUUAUAUACAUACGCAAGCAUAAAACUAGCCAAUUUAGUUUGCCAUUUAGGGAUAGAGGCAAUUUAAUAAAGGAUCGUUUUUU